UAACAGCUGAGGCUGCCCUCAACCUUCACUGCUUCAACCAGACUCUCCUAGAUACCCAGCCACUAGCUACAAAGGAGUAGGAACAGCUAAAGGACCUGAGCACACGUGAACAUCUUUGUCUGAGUGUACCUGAUGCCCUUGUGCUACUAACUGUCCAGCAAAGAGAAGCCUCACCACCUCACUUGGCCAGGAAGGACUGGGAGAAUACCAACAGCCAGGAUUCUACCAAGGUCGUAAUGCAAGAAGGAUCCACAGAAGAGCUCCACAGCAGCCAACCAUGUGAAGGCAAACAAAAAGAGCAUACUGGACCACUGGUUAACAGAAGCAGAAAGGCACUGGUGACAGGAGGUGGAGGCUACCUGGGAUACAAUCUGGGAUGUGCUCUUGUUCGCUCAGGAAUCGCUGUUGUUCUCUUUGACAUACGGAAACCUAAAGGGGAAAUUCCAAGUGGAGCAGAGUUUUUCAAGGGUGAUGUGAGGGAUUACGACGCAGUGUUCAAAGCCUGUGAAGGAGUUGACUGUGUUUUCCAUGUGGCUGCAUGUGGAAUGUCAGGAUUAGAACAACUUCAAAAGAAAGAUCAGAUUGAAUCCAUAAAUGUUGGAGGCACGAAAAUAAUAAUUGAUGUCUGCAAACAAAGGAAUAUCCCUAGGCUGAUCUAUACCAGCACAGUGAAUGUGGUAUUUGGAGGGAAUCCUAUUGAAGAAGGAGAUGAAGAAACUGUGCCAUAUUUUCCACUGGAAAAGCAAUUUAAUCAUUAUUCUAGAACAAAGGCAAUUGCAGACCGAAUGAUUCUUGCUGCUAAUGGAACUUUGCUCAAAGGAGGGGAUAAGCUCCACACUUGUGUGCUUCGUCCACCAGGCAUAUACGGACCAGAAGAGCAGCGGCACCUGCCACGAGUAGCAGUAAAUAUCCAGCGGAGGCUCUUUAACUUCAAGUUUGGCAAUCACAAAGUUCAGAUGAACUGGGUUCACAUAGGAAAUCUGGUGCAAGCUCACUUGCUAGCUGCUGAGGCUCUCACCUCUGAGAAGGGUUAUGUAGCUAGCGGGCAGGCGUACUACAUCCACGACGGCGAGAACGUCAUCUUCUCCGAGUGGAUAGUCCCUCUGUUUGAAAAAUUAGGCUACAGGAAACCCUGGAUCCAUAUUCCUGUUCUCCUGGUUCAUAUAGCAGCUACUGUGAUGGAAUAUCUGCACCUGAUACUAAGGCCAGUUUUUAGCUUUACACCUUUCUUGACAAGGAAUGAGGUGUGGAAUAUUACUGUAACUCACACUUUCCGAAUAGACAAGGCAAGAAACCAGCUUGGUUACAACCCAAAGAAAUUCUCCUUUGCUGAUUCUGUGGAUCAUUACCUGAAAACAAGACCUGCUUGCCAAGAAGAUCACACACUCCUCAAAGUGAUCUUGGCCUUUGGCAUUUUGUUAAGUUUGAUCAUUCUUUCUUUCUUCUAAAACAACUAGCCACCUGUUUGAGGAAACAUCAUUUUGUUCUGGAGUGUUAAUGAUCUGGUCGUAGUACAUUCCUCAGAAGUGGGACUUUUCCAUCAUGAUGAGGAUAUCUUUGUGGUCUCAUUAAAAGCAACCAAAAAAGCCCCACAAGACUGAAAACACAGGACACAUCAGGAAGUUUUCCCAACGGGCAAUGCAGUGUCACAAGAUCUGAAGAGUUCACUGCCAAUGGAUGCAGGACUAGUUUCAAUGGCUCUUCUUUCAUGGAUUGCUUCCUGCUGAGAAUUAUUGUCUUAAAAUGAUCAUUCAGGAGGGUAAGAAAUUGGAAGAAGAGGAACCAUUUUAGGACUGUAGAGCUGUAACAGCUCCAGUAGCUCCAGUGAAGAAAAAGCUGACUCAGCAAUUCCUCUGAUGAAGCCACUGUGUGUCAGGAUGAGGAAUUAUGAAGAUCAGUGAAACAGCACCAAAGAUAUGAAACAUAAAUAUGAGUAACAGGUGGUGAGAGAACUGGACAUUAUCUCUCUGUAAAAUACUGUUAUCUUCACAAGCUCUGUAAAGAUGUAAUUAAUAAGGUUAAGUGUGUUUGUAAAGUAAAUACUAUUCUUUCCAUGCAAUAAUAAACAGUAACUGAACCAAA